AUGUCUGAUAAAAGCUCUGUCAAGACUCGGGAUCCUACAUUAGUAAAAGUGUAUGGUUAUCCAAAAGAUCUUUACUCAAAAGUACUGAACGAGUUCUUAAAGUGUGGUGAGGUUGAGUCUCACAGCCAAGAAGGCUCCGUACUCUUUAUUCGCUACAAAACCUCUGAAGCAGCAUCUCAGGCACUCAGGCAUCACGGAGAUAUUAUGUUCGAUUCAUGCGUAAUCGGAGCAGUUCCUGCUGAACAGGCAAUUGAUACAAAAGAAACCGAGAUUGAGCAGCCAACUACAAAUCAGGUCGCCGAAACCACAGUUACCGAGCCAAAAGUGAUAGAAACAAUCGACAAUAGUAUCAGUAGCAAUGUAUCUCACAGUGGCAUCCAGAUCCAUCCUCCUGGUCCAAUAGAAAAGGCCAAGGAUUUGCUCCUUACUUGGUGA